AUGCGACACUCCCGGGGCGAAUCCAUCGCCCUGACGCCGUCCCGGCCCAGGAGACGCCUGAUGUCUUCGAUGCUCAUGGUGGGCCUCGUCCUGGUCGGUCUCAUUGGCGCGGUGGCCUUCUUUGCCUCCUCCGGCAGCCCGGCCGAUUCCUACAACAUGGGCAUGCUUGGCCUGUCGGGGAAAAAAACAGGACACCCCCGGCCGCCGAGCGUCAGCUAA